GGCGUUUAAUGUGAUCGAUUUGACUCCACAAUCACAUGUAUAUACAUAUAGUUAGUUCAUCAAACAAAACAAUCCUCUUACAAUGAUGUGGGCAUUGAGCAUUUUGGCUUCUUUGCUUCUCAUAGGCAUCACAAGAUGGAUUUACAGAUGGAGGAACCCUAAGUGCAAUGGAAUUCUGCCUCCCGGUUCCAUGGCCUUACCCCUUCUUGGGGAGACACUUCAGUUCCUCAAGUCAAAUAUCACUUCAGACAUCCCGCACUUUGUCAAAGAGAGAGCAAGAAAAUAUGGACCCAUAUUCAAGACUAGCCUGUUUGGGCAAUCAGUCAUCGUAUCCACAGAUGCUGAGCUCAAUCACUUUGUGUUCCAACAAGAGGGUCAAUUAUUCCAGAGCUCUUACCCUGACACCUUCAACGAGAUCCUUGGAAGGCAGAAUAUUGGUUCACUGCACGGGUACAUGCACAAGUACAUCAAAAACAUGAUCCUGACCUUUGUUGGCCACGAAGCUCUAAAGAAGAUGCUUCCUGAAAUAGAACAAGUAACAUGUAAAAAGUUGGAACUUUGGUCGACUCAGGCUUCAGUAGAGCUGAAAGAUGCAACCGCAGGCAUGAUAUUUGACUUCACCGCUAAAAAGCUGAUAAGCCAUGAUUCAGAGAAGUCCUCAGAGAAUAUAAGGGAAUACUUCGAUGCGUUCAUCCGGGGGUUGAUCUCUUUACCUCUGAACAUUCCGGGGACAGCUUAUCACAACUGUCUGAAGGGUAGGGAAAGGGCGAUGAAAAUGCUGAAGAACAUGCUUAAUGAGAGACGGAAAACCCAACGGAAGAAUCCGAGCGACUUUUUUGAUUAUGUCCUCCGAGAACUGCAGAAAGAGGGGUCAAUAUUGACAGAAGAAAUUGCACUAGAUUUGAUAUUCUCCAUGCUUUUCGCCAGCUUCGAAACAACUUCUCUGGCUUUAACUUUAGCCAUCAAAUUUCUUUCGGAUUACCCUUCAGCUCUGAAACGUUUAACGGAGGAGCAUGAGGGUAUUUUGAGAAACAGGGAAGUUUCGGACUCUGGACUUACCUGGGAAGAAUACAGAUCGAUGACCUAUACUUUUCAGUUCAUAAACGAAACAGCUAGAUUGGCAAAUAUAGCUCCUGUGCUUUUUAGAAAAGCGUUGGAAGAUACCCAGUUCAAGGGUUAUACCAUUCCAGCGGGCUGGGAAGUGGUUAUCUGUCCUCCUGCUGUCCAUUUGAAUCCAGACAUAUAUGAAGAUCCUCUUGUCUUCAACCCUUCAAGAUGGGAGGGAUCGGAAACCAGUAACGCAUCAAAGCAUUUCAUGGCAUUUGGUGGAGGAAUGAGGCUCUGUUCAGGGACAGAUUUCGCCAAAUUGGAAAUAGCUGUAUUCAUUCACUGCCUGAUCACAAAGUUCAGGUGGAAUAAGAUCGGACGAGGAGAUGCAAUUCGAAGCCCCGGAUUACAGUUUCCAAAUGGUUACCAUAUUCAACUCGCACCGAAAGAGACUGCAUAGAGUUAUAGAAUAAACAAGCCUGCAAGUGACAGGGCUGCUCGCUCAAUAAAUACAAGCAUGGCAUAUGUGAAAGACGAAUAAAAUGUACUUUACCAUUCUCAAAUGGAAAAGCUAAAUUCUACAAUACGUUGUUUCUUACUCCUCCAACACAAUAUUAUCACAACAAGGGCUUCGAUACAACCCCGUGUACUCUUACUUCAAGACUCUAUUUUUCUGCAAAUCAACCUCCUCUGGUUCA